CGGUGCGGGGUGGCUCAGCGCUCAAGUACUUUGGGUGUGUGUGCGGCGGAAGAUACGCGCUCUAUCACCGCACUCGACCAUCACCAUGCCACAUCAGACACACUACUCUGUCGCCAAUCCGAGCCCUGGCCUGUCCGAGGAGCAAGUCCAGGACGCGUUCCAUUCCUACCUCAAGUCCUCGCUCACUCAGGCAAAGGUCGAGGGCCUCCUGCCCGCCAAUGUCUUGUCCAGCGCGGAGGGGGAUCUCAUGAUCACAGGACCCGCGCUAUGUCUCUACUUUGCCGCGCUGCGCUCGACGACCGAGCCGCCAUCCGUGCCCCUCCCUCGCCGCUCCAAAACUUCCACCGCAGCCUUCAAUCUCUCCGAGGAGAACUGCCCACCCACCUUCCGCCCCUUCUGGCUCGUCUGGUCGCAUGCCGUCCCGGAGAUUCAGGCUCUCACACCCGAGCACCAGCACGACCUCGCCCGCAUUAUCUGCAACCUCCCACCCAUCGCCGUACCCUCCAACUCUCGUCUCUGCGGCAUUGCCGCAGACCUCAGGGCAGUAGCAAUUGAGAUCAGCAUGCGGCGGACGUUUCAAGAUCGCUACGUCAACGACCUCCAGGCGGCCCUCGACGCAGGCACGAACGGCCGCACGAAGAUGAAGGCCAGCUUCGUCCCUCCACCCUCGUACGACGCACCCGCCUCCGCCUCACCAAAGCACUCUCCUUCUCCCUCGCUCUCGCACCAUGCCUCCUUCAGCCCCAUGCCGCCCUCGCCCACGAGCCCCAAGCCGACCAUCCUCGCCCCCGACGCGCCCGCCAUCGAGUUCAUCCGCGAGACGCUCUACGCGGCGCUCGCUGACGUGAUCGAGCGCAUGCCCUCCCUCCGACGCGCCCUCCGCAGAGACCCCACCCGCGCGUACUUCGCCGCCGUCGCCUUCGCCAUCCUCUCCGUCGCCACCUCCUCCGUCACCCACCCCGCAAGGCGCAAGUCCUUCGCAGACGUCCUUCCCUCGUCCGGUGCGAACGGGCACGCUGGCGUGGAGCAGGAGGCGACGAUAUACGGCGUGCUCGAUAAGACGCUCCUCCUCAGCCAGUGCCCGCCCGACCUCCGCCCAUUUAUGGCCGAGCUCUGCGCGAUCGGCCGGGCUGCGCACGAGAUGGAGGAGCAAGACUCGGUCGCGACUGUGCAGGCCCUCGAGCGCGGCGAGGACCCGCCCCUGCCUCGUCUCGACCGUGCGCGCGAUAUACUUGAGGGUGGCGUCGGCCAUGCGUUCGACGGUGCGGCUGCGGCGGACGUGCCCCGUGCGGCUGACCACCGGCGCAGGACGACGAGCACGGAGAACAGGGCGGUCGCGUUCGCGAAUCGGAUCAACGCGCUUGCGCUGGGCAUGACGAGGCUGAGGGCGUUCAGGGAGAGGCAGGACAUGGUGUUCAAGGUGUUGGCCGGGGUAGGCGGAUAGACCGUUUGGUGCGCUGCGCUUGUGGUUUCCUCUUCGUCAUCCUCGUAUGUUAUAACCCUGGUUAGUUUUACAUUACACCCCCAUCUGUUAUGUAAUGCCGGACGUCGCGCUUGCUCUGCGCUCCAUCUGUUACUUAUAAUCACGACCACAGUCGUAUCUUCGAUACCAUGUACGCAUGUACCAUAAUUCUCGACUCUGCGGACAUACGAAGUGUAUCAAUACAAUUUUUGUAGGCGUAUGUUCACCUGUUAUAACGCAGUAAGCUGGCAAGUCCGUUCUCGGAAUCUCUGAGACUGGUCUGAACGUUUCGUUCGUUGACAUUGAUAAACCUCGGAUCAACUUAAACCGUAUAAAC